AUGGCGAGCUUGCUUGGGAAAACUCUGUUUGAGAUCGGAGGACAAGGUCGUGCGCCUAUAAAGGACUACUUUUACUUUGAAAUAACACGAUCUGAGGUCAUUUGGAGAUGGUGGAAGAUUUCUCUGAGAUCAGACUGCAGGAACACAAACCCAGGAGAACUGAGAGAAUCACACGAAGACUACAUAGAAGACAGACGUCUGCAAAGUCAAGUGGCCAUGGUAUUCGGUCCCCACAUCUUGCAGUACUCCAUAAAUUUAUGCCAGGGCCAAUAUGACUACCUUGUACGACUCCCAAACUGUAUACUUUUCAACAUCAUGGCAUAUUUGAACCUUGAAGACAUUUCAGGCCUUUCACACACCUGCCGUAGGUUUAGAGAGCUUUGUAACUCAGAGGAGUUCUGGGAGCAGACGAUGAGAAAUCAUUGGGGUGCUCUCACUUCUUCAGUCGAAGCUUUGGCUAAGGAUGUUGGCUGGAGGACAGUUUUCUUUACCAACAAGUUGCAGCUGCAGAUGCAGAUUAGCCGACGGAAGCAGAAGGAGAAUCAGCCCUGUGAGGAUACGGAAGAACAGAGAUGCCCUUCAUUAUCUUUCUAGGAAGGUUUGAGUUGAAGACCUUGUUUAAAAUGUUUACAGUAAACCUACUUGGUCAGAGCCUAUUUAACUUGAUUCUGUCUGUUUAAUACUGCUUAUGCACUGUGUACAGUUCUUUAUUUUACUUCAUUAAACAUCUGGCCGCUCACCCCGUUUUAUUUGCUCAUAUCUAGAAACAUUUUAAAUCAACAUUGUUCAUUUUGAGGAAAUAGUUUGUGGCUACUUUCCUCUACAUUUUCAUCUGGCAUGUUCUUGCACUCUGAGAGGUUGUAUUUAAUACACAU